AUGGCUAGCGUAUCAACAGCUUCCAAUGGGAGCAGACCCAGCACGUGGCAGGGUGCCGGUGCAGCUGAGUUUGACCUGAGAAGUGAUACAAUGACCAAGCCAACUCCGGCAAUGCUGGAGGCAAUCUGCCAGACCACACUCCUUGACGAUGUCUUCGGUGAAGAUCCAGUGACAAAUGAUCUUGAAGCUUAUGUGGCAGAGCGCACUCAACAUGAGAGCGCUCUCUUGGUCAUGUCCGGUACAAUGGGCAACCAGGUUGCCAUCCGCACUCACCUAAAGGAACCUCCGUAUUCUGUCCUUUGCGAUCACCGGUCCCAUAUCAUCUGCUACGAAGCUGGUGGAGUAAGCUCCCUUACGGGCGCCACGGUCAUGCCCAUUAUCCCGAAGAAUGGUGUCCACCUUACUCUGGAGGAUAUCAAGAAACAUGCGGUACUCAGUGAUAACAUCCACUACUGUCCUACGAAGCUCAUCAGUCUUGAGAACACGUUGGAUGGUCUGGUUAUGCCACUUUCUGAGGCUCGGCGCAUCACUGAAUGGGCUCAUCAAAAUAACAUCAAGGUCCAUCUGGAUGGUGCGAGACUUUGGGAAGCAGUGGUGUCCGGUGCCGGUAGUUUGCCUGACUACACUACUUUGUUCGACAGCGUAAGCCUAUGCUUCUCAAAGGGCCUAGGUGCUCCCAUUGGAAGUAUUAUUGUUGGCUCGAACGAGUUCAUCAAGAAAGCUCGAUGGUUUCGCAAGUCCAUCGGUGGUGGUGUCCGUCAAGCUGGAGUCAUCUCUGCGGCGGCCCGCGUCGCAGUUGAGGAGACAUUUGGACCCGACCCCAACGGACAGCAAGGGAAGCUUCUAGGGUCUCACCAAAGAGCAAAGAAGGUUGCCGAUAUGUGGAUUAGCCGUGGAGGCAAGCUAUCCCACCCUGUAGAGACCAACAUGGUGUGGUUGGACGUUGAGGGGUCGGGAUUGGGGCCUGAUGAUCUGGCCGAGAUUGGACGUGAAAAGGGUUUGAAGCUUGGGGGCAGUCGCAUCGUCGUCCACUACCAGGUAUCCGAGGAGUCCCUCUCUCGACUCGAGCAGGUGUUUGAGGCAGCUUUGAGCAAAAAAGUUUGA